UCGGGGUGAGGUGGGUUGUGUGUGUGUGUGUGUGUGUGUGUGUGUGUGGCUCUCCCGUGCUGGGCUGUGCUUCAGAGGAGAAGGCGACAGUGAUAGCGUAAAAACGUCUCCCUGGCGGGGACAGCAAGCAGGCAGGCCCACGCCUCCUCCGUUAGCCGGCCUGCAACCAUCGACCAUCGGCCCCAAGGCCGCGCUGAAAACAUUGGGAUGAGCUCCAGGGCCCGGGGGGAUGAGAAGCAGGAAGUCUGGGGAUGCUGAUGCUCCAGUGAUGCCAAGCCCACUGGACAGGGAAGCCAGGACAUCAGCAAGGAAGCCCUGAGCCCAGGGGACCAUGGAGGCCUUGGACCUCAUGCUGGAGGAGAGAGAAUGGAAAACUGAGCCUGAAACAAAGGAAUCUGUUUCAGAUGACAUUGUUAUGGACAAAUCAUCCCAGGAACAAUACUCAAAAGAUGAUUACCAGUGUGCCAAGUUGGGAGAAGAAUGGAAUUAUGAUCCUGAGAAACCUUCUGUGCACAAUGAAUGUGGGGAAUCAUUCAAGUGUAAUUCAAACCUUUUUCAGGAUCAUAUAAUAUAUAAUGUAAAUCAAACUCGUGAUUAUAAUGAGUUUGGAAAAGACUUAAUGCAGGGUAAACACCAUACCGAGCAUCAGAAAAUCCAUCCUAGAGAGAAACUUCAUGUGUGUAAAGACUGUGGCAAAACUUUUAGCUUCAGCUCAUCCCUUAUGUACCAUCAGAAAAUUCAUACUGGAGAGAAACCUCAUAAAUGUGAUGAAUGUGGAAAAGCUUUCAUUCUUCGAACACAGCUUAAUUCCCACCAGCGAAUUCAUACAGGAGGGAAACCUUACGAAUGUAAUGAAUGUGGAAAAACUUUUAGAUACAAUUCAUCCUUUACAUACCACCAGAAAAUUCAUACUGGAGAGAAACCUUAUGAAUGUUAUGAGUGUGGGAAAGUCUUCAGAGGGAACACACAGCUUAAUUCCCAUCAAAGAAUUCACACAGGAGAGAAACCUUAUGAAUGUGAUGAAUGUGGGAAAACCUUCAAUCAGAGCACACAGCUUACUUUCCAUAAGAGAAUUCAUACUGGUGAAAAACCUUAUGAAUGUAAUGAAUGUGGGAAGGCCUUCAUGCAGAGUGCACAUCUUGUUUCCCACCAAAAAAUUCAUACUGGAGAGAAACCUUAUGAAUGUAAUGAAUGUGGAAAAGCUUUCAGUUCUAGUACAUCCCUUACUUACCACCGGAGAAUUCAUACUGGAGAGAAACCUUAUAAGUGUAAUGAAUGUGGAAAGGCUUUCAUCCAGAGUGCACAUCUUACUUCCCACCAGAAAAUUCAUACUGGAGAGAAACCUUAUGAAUGUAGAGAUUGUGGGAAAGUUUUUAGCUCCAACUCAUCUCUUAUUUACCACCAGAGAAUUCAUACUGGAGAGAAACCUUAUGUAUGUAAUGAAUGUGGGCAGGCCUUCAGAGUGAACACACAGCUUACUUCCCAUCAGAGAAUUCAUACUGGAGAAAAGCCUUAUGAGUGUAAUGAAUGUGGGAAAGCCUUUGUCCACAGCACACAUCUUACCUUCCACCAGAGGAUCCAUACUGGAGAGAAACCGUAUGAAUGUAACGAAUGUGGGAAAGCUUUCAGCUCUGGUUCAUCCCUUACCAACCACCAGAGAGUUCAUACUGGGGAAAAGCCUUAUGAAUGUAAUGAAUGUGGGAAAUCUUUUAGACAUAAUUCAUCCUUUCUUUACCACCAGAGAAUUCACACUGGAGAGAAACCUUAUAUAUGUAGUGAAUGUGGAAAGGGCUUCAUUCUCCGAACACAGCUCACUUCCCACCAGAAAAAGCAUACUGAAGAGAAACUUUAUGACCAUAAUGAAUAUAGAAAAGCUUUUUAAUACAGUGAAUUGCUGAUUUAUUCCCCGGACACUUUGUAGCAGAAGGAAAUGUUCGUGUAAUAAUGUUGGAAAGCCUUCAACUGGAGUAUACACUUUGGCAUCAAGAUGUUUGUCCUGGAAAGACUUACAAAAGUAGUGGAUGUGGGAAAGUAUUCCUUUUAAGCUCAGAGAAACUUUAUAAGGAAUUAUGGGAAGCUCUUCCAACAAAGUGUACACAAUAGAGAAUACCAGAAAAAUACUGGAGAGAAGUCCUGUAAUUGUAAUCCAUGUGGGAAGGGCUUUAAACAUCGAUCACCCUUUAAUUACCAUAAGAGAAUUCUUGAAAGUGAAUUUUUUGGAGAACAUAACUGACUCCUUUUGUUCUGUGUUGGCCAUUUUUCUAUGUAGGAACCCUGCAUGAACUGAAGGACCAGCUGCUAUAGUUGGUUCUCUUCAACUUCUUCUUUCAUCCUCUAAUUGGUACAAAAAAGACUUGAUUGCUGAAAAAGGAGGAUUCAGCAGUCUCUGGAAUGUCUUCCCUCCCUUAUCUAGCCUGACAGGUAGUUCCCUUUGACUGAGUGAAAUUAGCUGUGCUAAAAAGGGCACAUCCCUUCUCAGUCUCCUGUAGCUAAUCGUAUACACUUUCUUUGAAAAGUCCAUGUUUUUCUUUGUAACACCAGUUGCAUUUUAAUGAACAGCCAUCUGUUUUCUUUUUUCCUUUGUUUCAUGUAAUGUAUAAAUAAUGUGAAAGACAUA